AAAAAUAAUUACAUUUUCACAUAAGGACAUACUACGCAAUAUACUUACUCAACCAGAUUAAUAUUGCAAUAUAGACUACCAUUCUUAGUUCAUUUUCAUUAUUACUAGAGAAUCUAAUCUUAAGAGAAAUGAGUCUAACUAAUGAAGAAGAUUUGUCGAACGUAUGCAGAGUAUGUUUGGAAAAAUCUGGUAAAUUGUAUCCUCUUGAAGGAGAUAUUUUAAAUGUUGAUGUUUAUAUUUGUACAAUGAUUAGCUACUGCACUUCUGUCGAGGUUGUCUUAGAUAAAGAUUUACCAACAGGUGUCUGUGUACCAUGUUUUAGAACUAUUCGUAUAGCGUAUAAUUUCAUCAAACAAUUUAAAGAAACCAAUGAAAGGCUAUUGUUGACGAAAAAAUUAAAAAAGAAACAAUGUGUUGAUGAUCUUCAGGAAGAUUGUGAUGAUACUGAAGACAUGAUAGAACUUAAGGAAGAAGUUGUUGAGGAAGAAGAAUUAAACGAGUCUAUUGCUAAUGAUCUCUCUGAACCUUCAUCUGAUCGGAAUUGUUUCAGUCCUGAAGAAAAGAUUAUUAUAACUUAUGUUAAUGAUAAGAGUGGUUCAGAUCAUGAAUUAGAAUCGGCAGAAAUCCUGUCCGAAAAUAAUGAAGAAAUAUCUGAAGAUAAUAAGAAAAUAAUAAUGAUCAAGGAAGAUCCGUCAAGCCGAAAUAUACUUUUAAAUAGACAUGUAUGCCCUAUUUGUGACAAAAUAUUCCACGAUUUUAGAGGAGGACUGAUAAAACAUCUGUACCACCACCAUCACAAUAAUUUAAUUAAGUGUAACAAAUGUUCCUUAGGGGUCGAAUUGUCUACAGAUCUGUAUGUUCAACAUUACACAAAAUAUCACUUAUAUCAGUGCCCGAUUUGCAACAGAAAACUCGGAAGCAAAAGUAGCUUCUAUUACCAUUCGAAAUGCCAUAUUAAUGGUAGCGCUUAUCAUUGCCCACACCAGAACUGUAGGAAAGCCUUCCAAACCCAAUUCAGUUUAAGAAAACAUCUUCACACCCAUUCGGACGCUCCCAAGUACAUUUGCAGCAAAUGUGGAAAGAAUUUCAAUACCUACGACACAUUCAGGUACCAUAAUAAGACUCAUGACGGCAAGCGCAAUCAUCUCUGCAAUGUGUGUGGUCGAACGUUUUUACAAUCAGUUCACUUGAAGUAUCACAUGUGGCAUCAUACGGGGAUCAAACAGUUUCAUUGUGAUGACUGCGGGAAAAGUUACACUUCCGUUACGCAGUUGAAAAAACAUAGACGUAAAUAUUGUGGAUCGGUGAGAACAAGCGACAAAUAAAAAAAAUAACACCUCUUUUGGUAUAACCCUGAUGUUGUCAUUUAGGUAGUGUUAAAUAAAAAUGUUAUGCAUAUAUGGAUGUUACGUACUUCCUUGAAGACUGCGAACGAGUGAUAUAAAAAUAUUACAUAACUAAUUUUUAUCCAAAUAUAAAU